AUGAGGUUUAUUUGUGGUGUCUCAGCAAUAUGCUUGUUGUUUUGUUAUUUAUCAACAAUUAAAGGGCUGAGGUUUAAGCUUAAAAACGGUGUUACAAAGUGUAUUCAAGAUGAGGCACACAAAGACGUUAUUGUACAUGGUGAGUAUGAGAUUACUGCUCCCCAUGAACACACAACCCAUAUCAAAGUCCGCGAUGUGAAAAAACAUAUACUAUAUCAGAGAGAUAAUAUAAAAAGCGGGAAAUUUGCAUUCACAACAGAAGACUUUGAUCUAUUUGAGGUGUGCUUCGAAAGUCAGCCAGAUAAUACUGACACGGAACAAGAAGUCUUUCUUAAUAUAAAACACGGUACCGAGGCCAAGGAUUUUGAUAAGAUGGCGAAAGCAGAGAAAUUACAACCAAUCGAAGUGCUACUGAAAAAGCUAGAAAGUCUAGCCGAUGAAAUCGUGCAGGAUUUUGUUGUCAUGCAUUCGAAAAGUAGCAAAAUGCGAAACAUCAACGAAUCUACUCAUACAAGGGUUCUCUACUUCUCAAUCCUUUCAAUGGUAAUCCUCAUCGGCUUCGCAUGUUGGCAGGUACUUUAUUUAAGACGUUAUUUCAAGUCGAAGAAGCUGAUUGAGUAAUUAAUUACGAUGAAUUUGGUGUCCACCCUGUUGUGCUAAUGAGGUGUGGAAAUUUGUGCCUGGUCCUACGUUGUGGCUGACCGACUGGCGUUCUAUGGGGUCUAGAAACACUAAGAUGCUGAUGGGACAAACUUCAUAACGGCUUCCCAUAAUACCAAACGGAAAACUAUCGCUAUAUCUUAAAGCGCAACUACAAAACCUUACAUCUAUCGAGAACCUCAACUCAUUAAGUCUAUUCAAAUCACAGGAUCUUCCAAUGAGUCACACAUAAUUUAUUUUUCCUCUUAAGAAUAUGUUUGGAAAAGGGGAACUUCGUUCAAGAACAAUAUAUAAUAUUUGAUUCAUGAUAGCGAUAUAUAUAUAUAUAUAUAUAUAUAUAUAUAUAUAUAUGCUGAUGUUCGGAAGAACAGUGAAAGCUUCACAACUAAUCUAUCCAGCUCAGAGGACGAAAUUCCACCAAAACCAAUCACCUCAGCUACAAAUAUUCUUCACCAUCUCAAUAAUAUUAUAUUCCUCUAAUUGCAAUUCCUCGUUUGGAGCAUAAAUUAUUGUUGUAUGUUUUACCUUUCUUGAUUGACUGCGAAUCAAUUACUUAGUUCUUUUUCACUUAUGGCGUGGUUAUGCCCACAUUGUAA